AUGUCUCAAGAGUCAUCAAGUAAGCCGGACAUCGUACCAAAGGAAGAGAAACGUUCCCCUUUCUCUACAUAUAAAAAGGCCGCUCUUAUUUUUUUAUUCAGCGUUGUUCUAUACUAUUUCUACCCAACUCGUACCAACACCACUAACAACGACUACACAAUGCCAAGCUUAUUCAAAUUACGUUCUAUUGCAAACCACUUUAUCCCUAGAGAGGUAGCGGAAGGUGUUGGUGCCAGAGUGAAGAGAUCUGUCGGGUCGAUGCAGCAGAGACGGUUCACACCGUUUUUAAUGCUGGAUGACUUCACCGUCAAGUCCCCUUCAGGGUUCCCGGACCACCCUCACCACGGUCAAGAAACGAUCACGUAUGUUAUUGACGGAUUGAUUGCUCACGAAGAUUUCACUGGGUCCAAGGGUGUUCUUCGUCCUGGGGAUUUGCAGUUUAUGACUGCUGGCAAAGGUAUCGUGCAUUCUGAGAUGCCUGUAGAAAUGGAAGACGGGAGACCAGCAAGAGGCUUGCAGUUGUGGGUUGACUUGCCCAAAGACCUGAAAAACUGUGAACCAAGAUACAGAAACCUUAGAUCAGAGGACAUACCAGUGGUGAAGCCCCAUGAAAACUUGGAGGUACGUGUCAUUAGCGGGAAAUCGUACGGCACUGAAUCUGUAAAAGAUUUGGCCUAUACUCCUAUAGACUUCUAUUAUAUGCUUGCCUCCAAGGCUGGUACCGAGUUUGCUCAAGAAAUCCCAAGCGAUUUCAAUGCUUUCCUAUACGUUAUGAAAGGGUCUGUGGUCAUCAACGAAAAAGUAUUUAAACAGAACACCGCUAUAUUCUUCGAUACCGACGGUGAAGGAGUUGCUGGCCAAGCCGGUUCUGAUGACACCGAAUUCGCCAUUAUUGGUGGUAAAAUUUUGGACCAACCGUUAGUACAACACGGUCCAUUUGUCGAAACGGACCAGGAGAAACUUUACGAGGCAUUUAUGAACUAUGAGGGAUACACUAAGGGGUUUGAGAGAGCGAAAGGGUGGAGAUCUGAUAUUGCAUCCGGUAUCAACGAAAGCGAAGCCAAACAGUUGCUAGAGUAG